GUCUCUCUGCCGGAACUUCCGGCCGUCGGGGGGGGAGGUGAUGUUUUCUAUGGUCGGAAGCAGCCGCACGAAUCUCCUGGGAGAAGAAGAAGAGUACGGGAAGCCCGUGGUCGGGGUUCUGGUUACGCGCACGUCUGAAUGGGCUGCAGCGCGUGACACGGAAGGCCGCUCUGAGUGAGUGGGCGACGGGAGCCACCUCCCGCCUUAACAACGUUUGCUAGUUAGACGCCACGUGUGGAUACAGUGAACAAUUUUCUGGAAAAGAAACCAUUUUCAUAAUCUUUGAAGAAACAGAUCCAGUCUCCGAAAUGGUGGUUUUUACAUGCAACAGUUGUGGGGAAUCUGUGAAGAAGGGGCAGGUUGAAAAGCACGUGAAUAUGUGCCGGCAUUGUGAAUACCUUUCCUGUAUGGAUUGUGGCAAAGAUUUCUGGGGCGACGAUUAUAAAUCUCACGUGAAGUGUGUGAGUGAAGACCAGAAGUACGGUGGCAAGGGAUAUGAAGGCAAAACUCAUAAAGGAGAUGUGAAACAGCAGGAAUGGAUGCAGAAGAUUCAUGUAGCAAUGGAAAAAACAAACAUUAACCCCAAAGUUCGAGAUAUCUUACAGCAAAUGUAUGCCUUUGACAAUAUUCCAAGGAAAAAGGGAAAGUUUCAGAACUGGAUGAACAACAGUUUGAAAAUACAUAAUGCUAUUCUACAAGAUCAGGUGUGGGAUAUCUUUUCAGAAGCCACUAAAAAGGAACCAAGUGAAAAACAGGAGAAGGGGCCAGUUGCAGUUGGAAAUCAGAGUGAAAAAAGUGACGUUGCGUCAAGGCUCUGUGAAGAGGAUGCAGCAAACACAGGACCAUCAGCAAAAAACAAGAGCAGAAGGGAGCAAAGAGAAGAGAGGCGAAAGGACAAGAAGGAGAAGAAAGAAUUACGUCUACAAAGUCAACAGGACAGCUUACAACCUUUAAAAGUCAAAAAGGCUAAGAAAAAAAAGUGGGAGGAAGAGGACGAGAAAGUAUUUCAGAGCAGUUGUACGAAGGUGACAAAGAAAAAGCGACAAGCGAUUGACGCAGAAGCGAACGGCUGCGGCCUUCUUGCAGAAAAGGCAGCAGGGCCCAAGGCCAAGAAAUGCAAGUACAUCCCCUCAGGAGAGGAGUCUUGCAUUGAAGUAAAUAGGAUUAACUUUCCAGGAUCUGAAGAAAAUGAGGGGGAACAUCAAGGUAAAUUCAAUUGGAAAGGAACCAUAAAGGCAGUUCUGAGGCAAGCACCUGACAAUGAAAUCUCAAUUAAGAAACUAAGGAAAAAGGUUUUAGCCCAGUUUUAUGCUGUCGCAGGUGACCAUCAUAAGUCUGAAGAGGAAAUUCUGGCCUUAUUUAAUAAGAAAGUCAACAAUAAUCCUAAAUUUAAAGUUUUAAAGGAAAAGGUUAGGUUUGUGAAAUAGCUUUAUGUUCAAAUGAUCUAAUUUUGCACAGUAUGCCCAGUUUUACAAUCAGAUGUGAAAUGGUGGCUUUCAAUUGUUUUGAUACUUAUGUCAGCAAAAACCUUACUGUAUUUGACUAGGAAUUGUCUUUUACCUGCUGCUUCAAAUGAUGCAACAUAUUUGUUACUUUAAAAUUUUAUAUUUUUGUAAAAGAACAAAUAACUCCAUUAAAAUCUUGCUUGAAGUA